AUGGCUCUUUUUGAAAAGCAUGAUAGGGACUUUGAAAGAAGCUCCACAGUCAAUGGUAACAUUUCAAGGGCUUAUUCCUGUUACAAAGAAAUCUACAGAGAAAAGAAGAGAGCUACACUUCAAACCUCCAUAGAGACUUACUUUUCUAAAAGUCCAUCAGCACACAGAUCAUCAUCAUCGACAGACAGUCAUUUGGAUCCCAGAUCAUCAACAUCAAAUGACAGUCCAUUUCCAGCUCUGACAUCACCACCCAGUCCUGCUCCUUCUCUUAUUGCUACUUGUAGUACACCUAAUUCGCCAGCAAGAAAGUGUCUCGCCUUUGAAGAGUUGACUUGUGAAACAGAAGAUACCACCAGCAGGAGCUCUACAAGAAAAGCGCAGAGAAAGAGCGGAAAAAGCAACACAAGAUUUCGAUAAGAGAUUCUACAGCAAAGGAAAUUAAAGCUCCAAGAAGCAACAGAAAAAUUUCAGCGUGCUCAUCUCCCCCCUUCUCAGCGUAAGAGAACAGUUUAUGUUCAUAAAAAAACAACGCCAAAGCUAGAAGAUGCUCUUGAACAAAUCCAAGGAUCUCCUUUGUAUUAUACGUAUAACCACACAAGCCCUUUCAGUAACAGGACUACAGACACAAAUUCAGCUUUGGUGACGGUAGAAAAAGAUACCUGGAAUAGGAAGCAACAAGUAACCCCAAAGCUGGGAUUUGAAAGAAUGUUUCAAGAUACAAACUUCGCACAAUUUAAUAGCAAUCAGUUUUACUUCCAGCACAAACUGGCAGAAGCACAACGCAUGCUAGAGGAACAUCACCUUAGCAACCUGCAGAGUUUUCAUCAAGAGUGGAGCAACUUGAACAUUCAAAAGUUUGUCAAGUUUGGACAGUCUUGACGAAGACACUGGGAAUAUAAAAGAACAAAACAAGACACCAACGAGUUAACUUCUACAAACUUACAUAGAGCCCUAUCAGCAAUUUCUCCAUUCUCUGCCAGUAACACUAAUAUUGUGUCAUCUGUUAUACACCAGUAUGGAGAUGAAAACAACAGUGAUUUAAACCAAUCUAACUCUUCAGAAAUUACAGCUGAUAAAAUAGCUGCUGAUAAACAUUUAGAAAAUAAAGACCAAAUGGUGUUACAUUCGAGUAUGAUGGCUGAGCAAGCAUUGGCAAAUACUUUUACCCACAAUAACACAACACAUUGUGAAAACAAACAGAGCUCUUCUACCCGAGAUGAAGAACCUAUAUCAAAAAUGGCUAUUAACGAACACAGAACAGCCGUUUCUGAACACCGAGAUACUACAAUGUCUAACCUUGGGGUUAAACCAAGCAGAGCAUGGGCGACUCCUGACCCUACCCCAAGGGAUGUGGUCCAGAACUUUGUGCCACAGGAAAACAAAGAAACAACACACCAAGGAAUAUACAUUAAAUCUACAGUGAGUCAGCCAGUGGCAACCCCAAUUACUUCUUCCAACAAAUGGUUGAAUGGCAAUACAUUUGCCAUGUAUAGAAAAUAUGUUGGUGAUCCUGGUUAUGUUACACAAAAUAGCAAAGAACUAAAUAAAACUGCAGAAAAGGGUGGGACAAUGCUAUUAAAGGGGAUUUUGAAGAAAGACUCCAAAUAUGAGAAUGGGUAUUCUAGAAUUGGUAUGAGCAAAACAUUGCACUUUGGGGUGAAAAGUAGGCCUUUACUUAGGAUAGUGUUGAAUUAUACCAAAGAAAAAGAACAAUUGCCUGGAAAUCAAAAAACAGCCAAUAAAAAACUUAGAUGGUUAGAUGAAAUUGACAAAAUAAUGACUCAAAAUAAUAUUACAGGUUUAAACAAAUAUGGAACCAGUGUACCGUCUUCCGAGCAUCCUGAUACUAUAAAAAAUGAAUGUGCCUUAGCUCCUAAUAGCACCAUAGCAGAUCAAACACAAUCGUCCAAUGGAAGUCAGAGUUCACUUUUUUCUACAGGUUAUCACUUCACUAAACAAGCAUGGGUACCGUCAAAGGGAGAAGAAUCUGUGGAAUAUAAUCCGAAUAGCAGAAUUGCUCCUAAAGCAAAGACAAAAUUAGUCAGGAGACCAAAAUCAGCUAAAAACCAAUCCACUUUAAAUCCUAAAAAUAGAAAGGGCACAAUAAUCCGACCACAAUCAGCAAAUGAAAUGAGUCGAAUUCUAAAAUCGCAAGGAAAACUAUUGACACCACAUCCUCCUCCAAGGCCUGUCACAGGCAUAGUAAAUACUCAGAAUGUAGCAAAUGGCAUGAACCAAUUGGAUUAUGGUAUUUCCAACAGGUUAUUAACCAAUCACGCUAUUACAAAAGAUACUAUGAGAGAUGUUGUUUCUGCUCAGUUGUCAGCACAUUCUUCUGGCAAUCUGAUUACAAAUCCAACUGAUUUUGAAUCAGCUAUGAAAUCUGCAAGUACAGUAAAUAAUGAUCUGCCUUUGGUUUUGCAAGAAAGCUUUCAAACGUCUUCCAAGAGAUAUCCAGUUUAUGGAGAAGAAAUGGGUUGCGCUUUGGAUCAUACACCAACCGAUGAAGAAAUUGCUCUUCUUUGGCAUGGAGUAAGAAGUGCCUUAACUCACAAACAUGGUGUGGCAGGUGAUUUUCAUUCUGGUGAUCUUCCUUCUAAUAUACAAGCUACACGUCCUAACCUAUCACAUGUUAUCAUUGAUGGUGGAAAUCUGCUGAAUUUGAAAUCUUUGUCUAGAGUGAAUGGCUUGUUGUCUCCUUCAUGUAAUGGUUACAGUACUAUUGCACGAAGAAAACAGAUUCUAGAGAGCACCGAAAAUAAACGCAAAGCACUUUUGGAGCAAAGAAGAUUCACACAAAGCUCCGCAGGCUGGCGGGCUCAGCACACCCAGAACCUACAUUCUAUGAAGAUAAGUCCAUUUCCAAGUGCACUCGAACCAGGAAAAGCAUCACACAAUGUGCCAAACCCUAAUGAAGUUUCAGAAAGUACAGCCCAGUUCGUCCUGGCAGAAAAUCUGGUGGAGACAUCUGCUACAGACGGAGAGAUUCUCGCUGCCAUGCAAGCGAUACAAGCAAAUAAACAAGCCUUCCUGAUGCGCAAAGCUCAGCACAUUGGCCUAGGUGCUCUUUCACUUGAAGAGCAGAGGAUUCUUCAAUCAAUAGACCGCCUCAAUCAAAGACUGCAUAAUGUGCAAGAAGCCAUUAUUAAAAAUCCAUCAUUGGCAAAUGGUUUUACAGUGAAAUCACCCUUGAAUAUUCAGCAAAUAUCACAGCCUGCAGACACUUCAUUACAGUCGCAGAGAAUUCGCAGUCUGUCUGCAGACCCACGCACACGUUUGCAGAGGAGAUACUGAUUGUACAGAAGAUAUAUUUUCCUGUAUAAAAUACAUGCCAUUAUAAAAUAGAAAUAUGUAUAUUCAUGUAAUGUAAAAAUACUAUUUUUAUAAUAAUUUUAUAGAAAAGCUCUGAUUUUGUUAUAUUUGUUUGCUGGUUGCAAUGCUAAUUUUGUUUGCACAUGCUUAUAUAUAUAUAUAUUAUUCAGCAUUUCUGGUGGUUUAUCCUAAAUUGUUUGACAUUUCAGACAGGUUUUUAUAGUGUAAUGUGUGUUACAUUUGCUACAUUUAAAGAGGGUGCAUAUACUGUAAUGUAAGAUAUCACCAAUCCCAUGUGUGCCUUCUCUAAGUGCCUUAAUUCUAGAUUCCCAAAUAAGCUGAUAAAAUACAUAUUGCUUCCUGUUAAAAGUAAAUAACUAUCCUUGAUCUUGCUGACUGAUCUGAGUUGAAAUUUAAGAUGGCGGCAACUUGCACUUAAAAUCUCUCUGAUAUAAAUAUUACUAAAUCAGUCUCAUGCUAUUAUAUUAUAUCUACUGUAUGGUAUAAAGCCUUUUGCCACUUGUAGAUAGACAUCAUCUGAAACGACUUCAAACUUCUCUCUUUCCACCCCAACAAACCCCACCCAGCCUUCAGUUCUGUAUUUGCAGAUUACUGUAGCUGUGUCAGUCUUUGAGUUCAUGGGUACACGCUUCUAUGUGGCUUUGUUCACAGUUAACAAGUUUUACAGCUUAGAGGGGGAGCAACUAUGUUUCUACCCAACUGAUUUUUCAGAGAAUAAGGCUGUUUUUAGGACAUUUCCUUUGUUCUUUCCAAAAGGAGUUUGAUUCUCUUAAUAAUAUUUUGCAGAUAGUUUUUCCGUCAUUUUGUCUGAGUUCUGGAAAGGACGUUCUUUUACACAGGCUUGAUGAGCUCUGGAAGUUCAUAAGGAAAUUGAAAAUCCUUAUAAACUUAUUGUCCUGUAUUGUAGUUUUAAAGGGGUCAAAGUAUUACCAAACAUUUGGCCAAUUUUUAUUUAUUUAUUCUUCUAUUCUAAUGGUCUUAUAAUAUAGAAAGAAGGCCACACCCUAUAUGGGUCACGUAUAACGAAUUUCUCUCCAGGUGAAUCUGAAAUGAAGAUACAAAGAAUGGGAGGGUAAUAUCUGGGUGAAGGGGAGUGUUACCUUUUUUGGUGUUACCACCAGUAAAUAUAUCACUUCCGGUAUAAAGAAGAUGAUUUAGCUCUCAGUCUAAAUACUGUAUUUUAUACUUGUAAACACAUUCGUAGCGGUUAUGUUGCCAAAUAAUUGCUCAUUUAAAGCUUGUUUACCUAGAAGUAAACAUUAUUGUUCCAGUUAAUAGGAUUUCUAAUUUGUUCACCAGACCUGAAUAUUAGGAGUACAAUCAUCUACAGCCCUUCAUUUGAAAAAGAUAAACAUCUCUACUAUUGUAGUAAAUAUAUUAACUGAAUUUCAGUGUUGAUGAAACCUGAAUUAAAAAGAUCUACUCAGAUAAGUCUAUGGCUUCUAUAGUCUGCAAGGUAAUGCCUGUUUUACAAAAUGUGCAAUAUUAGAUAUAUUAAAUGCAAUUUUUAAAAAAUACUGUAUAUUAAUCUGUCAUAUAAAGGUCAGAUUACAUUAAAAAUAUUUAUUGGUUUAUUUAUAAAUAUUUGAAAUGCAAAUGUAUUCUUAUUGGUAGUUUUCAUGGCUUCAACUACACAAUUUUUAUAUUUAAAAUUGUGAAUGCAUAAAUAAAGAAUUAAUAUAUAUGUGUGUUACGGGUAAAGUCAGAUGUCCAGGUAAUCCUAGGAUUACCCAGGUAAAACGGGCAUUACCCAAGCGCCUGUGGGUAAAGCCCGAUGUACUGUAAUUCCCCCAUCUACACUAUUUUUUUUGCCUCCGUCUGGGGGUUUCAAGAAAGGCGCCCUGCCGAUCCUCUGGCAUCCGCCCCAAGUGAACCUUGGGGAAUGAGGUUUUAGAGGGGGGCUCCCCCCCCCUUGAACCACCCAGCAGGAGGCAAAAAAGAUAGUGAAGAUGGGGGAAUUACAGUGCUUCGUAUAUAUGUUUGAUGCACUGACUCGAUGGAGCGUACACACUCAGGGGGGAUUUAUUAUUUUACAUCGGGCUUUACCCACAGCCGCUUGGAUAAUGUCCGUUUUACCUGGGUAAUCCUAGGAUUACCCAAUAUCUGACUUUACCCAUAACAUAUAUAUAUAUAUGUUUACAGCUGAUGGUACAUUUUAUAUACAGAGUUUAAGAUAUUUGUGUUCAGAACAAAAUGCAAUGAGUUUCCUAAACACCCAUUUGUAUUGAUGAAAAAAAAUGUUUGUAGUUCUGAAAGUUUUAUAUUUCAUUUCAUUCUGGACUGCAAAAUGUUCAGUUCAUAUUGUAACCAGUUAUAUGUUUUGCGCUUGGCGUUGUGAUGCUUUGUAAUAAAUUACAAAAUCGUGAAUGGGGCAAAAGAACAAUUUACAUUUGUCAUUUAAAAUAUAUCAGAGUACAAACCCCAUAAAAAAACAAAUGUAGCUUGUCUCAUUUAUAAACUAAUAUUUGUUAACUACUGCAAUGCACUUUACUAGACUGAUCUUGUUAAACUUAAAAAGAAAUACCUCAUCAUCUCUCUUUUUUUGUGAGUGGAUGUUAAUUUGCAGUUUUCUGUUUUAACAAAAAAAAUCUAUUAUUUUUCUAUUCAAAAUAAAUUUAUAAAUGUG